AUGGAUCCCACGUUGAGCCUCCAGCGGUGGCAGCAAGCGUUUGAGGACCAUCCAAUAUCGACAACCAGGAGCAUUGAAAAACAACUGCGCGCAAACGUCGCUAACAAUCGUGAGCGGCUUCGAGGUCUAGUGGGUGGCAAUUAUCGAGACCUCUUGUCUACUGCAGAUCAGAUUGUAUCCCUCGACAGGAAAACGCGGGCUACAGAAUCUCGGAUAUCGGAUCUUGGACAGUUAUGCAGUCCGCCAUCCAAGCCCGAGACACAUACCACCUCCACUCACAGCCAGACCAUCGCAGAACUAUGGCUCCUCCAGCGAUGUCUCGAUGCGACGAAAUCAUCCGUCAGCCAAGGGGAUCUCCUCAGAGCAGCGCAUACACUCGUCAUCUCACGUCUGUUGCUGAAGUCUCUCAGUAAUAAAGACGACAAGCCAGCGUCACUAGACAUCCUACAAGGACGAGUCACUUCACUAAGGCGACACACUCUGCUUCGCAUCGAUACGAUUCUGUCAAGUCCGCAUUCGUCUUCCGCCAAAUUGGUGAGGUCCGCUUGUGCCUAUUGUUUGAUCACGAGCGCUUCUUCCGCAGAUGCCUUCAAAUAUGCUCAACGUCUCAGACUAGAGAGGCUUCGCAAGACUAUUGAGGUCAAGCACAUAGAGCCCCACAUUGCUGUUGGCGUGCUUCGGUAUCUUCUCUCAACGUCCCAGGUUCUUAGGCGUGUCUUUGGGACGGCAUUGACCGAUGCACUCAGCACCAUACAGCGUCGGCCAAUCUUACUCAAUAUAGAUUUGGUCGGCUCGGAUCUCGCAGGCUCAAACGACAUUCUUGGGCUAAUAUCAGAUGACAUUCGAUCAUUCUCGCCAUAUUUCAAGCGGGAUCCUGUCUCGGCUUCAGAUUUCACACGGAGCCUUGAGCUGUGGACUUCCGAAGCUUGUGAGAUUUUGGCGGCGGCGCUCGAUCAACAGCUGAGUUGCAUUUCUGAUGUAUCUGAGGUGCUUGGUCUCCGUCGAGAGCUCUACACUGUCCUACUCCCGCUCUACUUUAACUCAACAUCGUGCGCAGCCAUACAUCAAACGGUCCAGCAGAAAGCGACUGAUCGGAUUGGGGCUCUGGUCACAAAACACAUGUCAGAGCUGGGAAUCAUCGCCCAGAAGAUCAUCGAGGCCCAGUCUGACGAUUCUCAGAGUCUGGAGUUGUGGAGGUCGGAGGUCGCUACCAUGUCCGUGGCUGGAGGAGGAGCGGCUUUUCUGAAUCACGUGCACAGGCGUUAUCAUGGCACAACUUCUCACAUGCUGAAUCUGUCACGAUCACUCAACCAGUGGAUUGCUUUGGUGCAGCACACGUCGGCGGCCUUUGAGAGUAGUCGUUUGGUGCGUUGGCGAGAUUUGCUUGAAGAGCCAGACGACGAGCAGGAGGAUGAGGCAGCAGAACUGAUCGAGGGCCUAGCACGCAGCGAUCCUGAUACCUUCUCGACUCAAUCUCGAUCAUCUCUCAAGACAUGCGUUGCCGCUUUCGAGUCGAAGCUAGUGCAAGCGGCCUCCCUAUGCCUCAAAGAUGAGGCAGACGUCACAGGGUCGGUGCACUAUCUUCGUGCAAUCAGAACAACCCUCCAUCCGCUUCGCCAAGCAUUCCCCGAAGAAGCAGGGCUUGUCGAUCUAGCUUCUAUCGUGCCCGAGCUAUACGCGCGGGUGGCGGAGGAGGUGGUUGAACGGGUCCUCGCCCCGCUGAAAGAAGGUUCCGAUCAGGAAUCAGCCGCGCCACUCAUUGAUAACUUGCCCUCGCCAUCGGCAUUCAAUUUGUUGCAGGCGCUUUGCACAACCAUGACUGAUGUAGGAGGCAGCGACGUAUGGUCUCGUGCUGCAGUGGCCGGGCUCAAAACACAGAUGCGUGCCAAAGUAUUGACGGAAGAUAGCCCGUUCAUCCGAAAUGAGUUUGAUCAAGCGUACCUCGGUUGUGCGCUGGGAUCAACAAAAGAGGUCACGCCGCAGGCGGCGUUGCCCGAAAAAGAAAAAGCAGCACGCGAGUAUUGGACACGCACAAAGUUGCUGUUUGGCGCUCUUGCCGACUAG